AUGGAUUUCAUUACUCAACAGUCCUCCACUGCUCAGCAGAGCAGUAAACACCUCGAAGUGAAAUCUGAUGUCUACGAACUCAACUCAGAGCAUGAGAAACCUGUUUACACAACCCAGCGUGGCCUAAAGUCCCGUCAUGUCCAGUUCAUCGCCCUGGCAGGAGCCAUUGGUACAGGUAUCUUUGUCGGUAGUGGCUCCACACUUGCAACAUGCGGUCCAGCCAGUCUUCUGAUUGGAUUCCUCAUUCUCGCUGUCUUUGUUUGGUCCAUCAUGAACCAGCUGGGAGAGAUGGUGAGUUACAUUCCUGCCCCAGGAAAAUCUACGCUAUACGCGCUCUGUGAUCGCUACACGGGAAACAAAAGCAUGUCUUUCACAUGCGGCUUGAAUUUGGUUUACGCUCUUUGUAUUUUAACCCCAGCAGAGAUUUCGGCAGCUGCUUUUGUGAUCGAGUACUGGUCGGAUCUGAACGUGGCAAUCUGGAUUGCAAUACUGUGGUCCUCUAUCGUGGCAAUCAACCUGCUGGCCGUCAAGUACUUUGGUGAAACAGAGUUCUGGAUCGCUUCUAUCAAGCUGAUCACUAUUACGGGCCUCAUCAUUCUCGGAUUCGCCAUAUUCUGGGGUGCAGGCCCCAACAGACACGGUAUUCUUGGCUUCCACUACUGGAAACAUCCAGGGGCAUUUGUUGAGCACCUGGUUCCAGGAAACACAGGAAAAUUCCUCGCAUGCUGGACCUCCAUCAUUAAGUCCGCGUUCGCGUUUGUGCUUUCGCCUGAGAUUAUCACAUCGGCCGCUGCAGAAGCUGAGGCCCCAAGGAAAAAUCUUCCAAAGGCUACCAACCGCUUCAUUUACCGUCUGAUGAUUUUCUACAUUGGAGGAGUGCUCGCCAUCGGCGUCAUUGUGGGUUCCAAUGACCCAAGACUCAUGAACGCCAUCAAUAGUGGCGCCACAGGGGCUGCAGCCUCGCCUUUUGUCAUCGGAAUUCAGAACGCAGGCAUCAAAUACCUCAACCACAUCGUCAACGCCGCCAUUCUCACCUCUGCUUACUCAGCAGGCAACUCAUUCCUCUACGCAAGUACCAGAACACUCUAUUCCAUGUCUCUCACGGGAAUCGUCCCAAAAUGCUUUUCAAAAUGUACUCGUUACGGUGUGCCAAUCUACUGUGUGAUUUUCUGCUCUGCUAUUGCUUUGCUUUCUUUCCUCAACGUUUCUAACUCUUCUACGGCUGUGUUCAACUGGCUCUCCAACAUUUCAACAGUGUCCGGUUUCAUUUCAUGGAUUUUCGUCUCCAUCACCUACCUGCGCUACCGGAAAGCUAUUACGUACCACCAGCUGGACUCUCGUGUCACCUACAGACCAAGAUUUCAGAUAGCUGGUGCUUACGCUUGUCUAGUCUUCUUUACGAUCAUUGCUCUCACCAACGGUUACGCUGUGUUCUUCAAUUGGAAGACGUCUGACUUCUUCGCCGCGUACAUCACUCUUCCGAUAGUGGCUGUUCUUUACGUUAGCCACAUGCUAUGGACUCGGAAUUUCCGUCUCUUUGCACCUCCAGAGCAAAUCGACUGUUUUACAGGCCUCGAGGAAACAGAGAGGGAAGCUGCAGAGUACGUGCCUCCAGUUCCUCGGAAUAUCAUCGAGAGAGUCUGGUUCUGGCUCACGUGA